AUGACAGAGACUAGGUCUUCCAUCAGGAAUCUGGAGUUACAGAUUGGUCAACUGAGCAAGAGGAUCCCUGAGAUAUCCUCUAGCAUUUUUCCAAGCAAUACUGAAGUAAACCUAAGAGAAGAGUGCAAGGCUCUCACUAUAGAAGCUGAUGCCGAAUCUGAAAAGGAGCUUCUGGCGUUGAAUGCCAACAAGGGAGUAGCUGGGCAUUCUUGCUGGCGUUCAACACCCAAGGAGGAGCAAGUUGUGGCGUUGAACGCCACAAUAGAAGAGGAUGGGUGUUCAACACCCACUAAGGACUCUCAUAUUGAAGAGCCAAGGGAAAUUAGAGCUCAUCAGGAGACUAUAGAAGUCCCCUUGAAUGCCCUAUUACAGAUUAUGGAGUUUGAAGAAUACUUCUCUUCUGAUGAGGAAGAGGAAACUAGGGAAGAGAAAAUUGCUCGGUACUUGGGAACCCUCAUGAAGCUGCAUGCCAAAUUUUGUGAAACAGAGGCAUUGAAGGAGGAACCUCCAGUAUUUACCCAAGAGUGCAGUGUCCUGGUUCAGAAGAAGCUGCCUCAGAAGAAGCCAGACCCCGAAAGUUUCCUAAUUUCCUGCACCAUAGGGACAAUAACCUUUGAGAAGGAUUUAUGUAAUCUUGGAUCAAGCAUCAACCUCAUGCCUCUCUCUGUAAUGAGAAGGUUGGGAAUUCUAGAGGUGUAA